AAGAAGAGUAUAUCAGACGAGCGUCUUAUUUCUGACGUUUCUGGCAUACACUGCUUACCACAUGUCAAGAAGACCCUUGGCUGUCGUGAAGAAUUCUCUGAAUCAGGAUUGUAGCAGACUGACUCCUCCACCAGAAACAAGAAUUUUUCAUUAAAAUAAAGCAGAUAUCAAAUUUGUAUUUUUAAUGAAAAAGGAAAGGUACACGACGAAUUUAUUUUUCUAAAUUUGGACAAAGAUAAGAAAAUUAUCACAAGAAAUUAUACAUUCAAGCUUCAAUUGCAGACUAGUAUUUUUUAACUAAACUCUCUCUAGAAAUCAACUUCUAGAAAGAUAUAAGCACUCUGAUUGAAGAAAGGUACAUGUUGGGUUGGUGAGCUGAAUUCCUUAUUCUCGAUAAAAGGUGUGGAAGUUCUGCUGAGCAUUCUUAAUGAACGUAUCUGAAGUUUUGAAUAUAGUUAGGUAACGAGUGGAAUCGUCUGAACUGUAGCUGAACACUACCAGACAGGAUCUGACUCCAGGUACCGUCAUCAAAGACCUCUUUCUAUAGCUGUUUUUGAUGACAUGCUUUGAAAAUAGACCAAAGAGUGUAGAUUCACUUGCUGUUAUAGAAAAUCAAGAAUCAGUAAGAAUUGGAAAGGUAUAGUCCGCCUCACUAUUGUUGGCACAGUCGAAAACUUCGAAUUAAUAGGAAAUGGGGAAGGCAUUAAAAGCAACCGGCAAAUCAAGACUUCCACAUUUGACAUAUUAGCGGGUUGGAACAUUCAGAAGAAUUUAACAUUCAAGAUAUUCGUGCUAAAAUGUAUGGAAAAGUACUUAACCAACAGUGAAAUAAUUUUCCAUAUCGCCAAAAAGAAUGGGAAUAUUUGGCCAGUUCAGCACAGAAAAUAAUCUUGAUCAAAUUUGAAAGCAAAUCAAUCAACAAAUCAAUGAAAUGAGCCAGUCAUAUUUAAUGACUUUAUUUAGCUUUUGUGAUAAUAACAGAGAAAAAGCAAUAGCAAAAGUUUGGAAAUUAUUCAGUCCUAUAGUCUAAAUAGAUUUAAUUGGCAUAGACAUAAAACUUUCUUUAUUUAAGACUUAUCUUCCAGGCAUUAUUUGUUGUUAAUAUUUCCAAUGGAGAAACAACAUUACAUUUUGAAUCUAUCGCUUGAACAAAUAACGCUAAGAAAAGUCGCUGUUAUUUUGUGGAGCCAAGCUGAUAUUUUACAUCUAAUAAAAUCAUUUCGUUGGCAGUCACUAAUUUGUGAUGAUACGAUACGAGUGUGGCAGAAUUCAAUAGAAAGCAAAGUGAAAAAAAAAGCAUCAGUAAUUCUGUUAACUGAUACAGUCAAGGAGGAACUUAUGGAUGUUAUUAAACCUAUUGGUCCUGAAAUAUUGAAAUGGAGAAAUUAUCAUCAAUUAUUGACUUUGGAUUCAUAUUUUACCUCAAAUGUCUUGCAUCAACUUUGUUGGACAUCUGUAGGAACUGUAGAUUAUAAAAAAACUGCCGAAAAAUUGAUAAGACAGCAACGGAUGGAUAUUAUGAGUAGCUAUAAACUAGCAUGCAUGUACUGUUUGGAUGACAGCAUUAAAACAAUCUGGGAGAAAUUAUCUGAAACUAACAAAAGACUUUUUUAUGAUGAAGAAACCCCUUUACGUAUUAGACAGCCGGAACUAGUUAUUUUUUGGACAUACUUUAUUAAAGGUGAAAUCGCUAAGCUGGAUGUUUUUAUUAAUAGAAACAGAAAUGAACGCGAACGUACUCUUUACCAAUAUGCGUUUGAACAUGCAGCACUGAGUGGUAAUAAAGUAGCAACUGAGUAUUUUUAUCAAAAAUUAACGUCUGAAGAAAGAGAAGUUUCUUUAUUGGAAACAGCUGAAAGUGUAGUAAAUAAGCGAUGUUCCAGUGUUUAUAAUGCCCUGUAUGAUUUUCCAAAAGAAAAUUUUUGUAGUGUUUUAUGUUAUUUGCUAUCUGAAAUGAGUGAAGAAGAACAGAUACAAGUGUUUAAAAGUAAUCCUUAUGGAACCUUGUUCUGUUUUAUAGAUUGGCCAUGGCAAGAUCUCUUAAUGAAAGUUGCAGGACUGCUGUGGACCUUUUUACUUGAUAACGACUACGAUUUAAUAAUUCAGAUUCUUGCCAGAAAUCGUACCAUCACUGGCUAUAACUAUCCAAAAUUACUAGCUGGACUUUUUCUGCAAGCUCCUAGUCAUUGUAGAAAUUAUAUAAUAGGAAGACAUCAAUUUUGGCUUCCUGUUGUUAUUUGCACUAACAAUACAGAAAUUAUCAAAUUGAUUCUUAGAAAUGUAGAUGAUAAAGACAGAGAGGGAUUCGUGUUAUGUCAAACCGGAUAUCAUCUAUGUUGGAAAUUAAUAGAAGAUGAAAAAUGGUCUUUACUUGAAUUGUUUGUUUCAGAAUGUAGAUUAUCGAGUGAAGCGACGACAAUACUGAAAAAUAAUUUUAUGCGUUAUAUCGCUCUUUAUUACAAAGAAGAAAGUCAACUUAAAUUGAGAAAACGCAUGUGGGAAAGGUUCUUUAUGUUGAUAGAUAAGGCCAAAGUGAAGGAUGGCAACGAAGGAAAUGUAGAAGAAGCUGAGAAAGAAGAAGGAUCAGUUAGAAACAGACCGAAAAGAAAAUGCAAAAGAAAGAAUUAUUAAAUACUUUCAUUGAAUUGUACAGUAAAUUUUACAGAAUUUUCAUUGAUUGUACAGUAAAUUUUACAGAAUUUUCAUUGAUUGUACAGUAAAUUUAACAUAUUUGUAAAAUUAACAGUAAAUUCAAUAAAUUUUAUACUAUUCAAUAAAAAUUAAUAUCGAAUGGUCGUAUCGACUAUUUCUUUUGUUUUUCAAUGUUUUCUUUUGUCUUUAAUGUUAUGUGAUAAUGUGAUUGAAAUAAAUGCAUUGUUCAUCGAAGAUAUCUUCAAAGUCCAAGUUUCCAGCCACAAAAGAAAAAAGGAUAACAAAUUGAAGAAAUUUUUCGAAUUCUGUUUUUGAAAUUCGAUUGAAUUAUGUGGAAAAAUUUAUUACUUACGGUGAUUCUGAUAUUUCAUUUUUUGAAAGAGAAUUGCAAGCUUUCUACUUUUUACGAAUCAUUCGGACGAUGCGUAUCAUACGAAUUCAUAUGAACAGUUCUCAUAUCAAGAAGAACUUGCAAAUUCCAGACUGGUUACUUACAGAGAUUCAGAUAUUAUAUUUUUUGAAAGAGAAUUGCAAGCUUUCUACGAAUCAUUUGAACGGUGCGUGUCGUAGGAUUUUACACGAACAGUUUUCAUAUCAUUGAAACCGAAUUCCUAAAAUUCACUGUAGAGGAGAAUAUUGAUAUUUCUUCUGCAUGAUCAAAUAUUAUAAAACUUUUUCCUUGAUAAUAAAUUGACAUUUACUGUU